AUGGCCUGCCGCAUGGGCGCGGCUGCUGGGGAGGGGGUGGGGGAAGCUGAGCGGGGCGACCUCCGCGGGGUAUCCUACGAGGACUCCAAGUACCUGGGCGGUGACGUGGCGCACACGCACCUGGUGAAGGGCCUGGACUUUGCGCUGCUGCAAAAGGUGCGGGCGGAGCAGGAGGCGGGGAAGAAAGGAGGCGGCGCCGGGUCUGACGGCGAGGGCGAGGCACCAGUGCUGGCCAAGCGCGUGCCGCUGGGGGAGCCAGAGGCCCCCGCUACCUUCGCCACGCCGCUGGGCCGCGCCGUGCACGCUUUCUUCUUCGACCCCAGCCAGCGCGGCGCGGGCAUGCCCGUGGCGGAGCUCUUCCUCCCCAGGCGUACCGCCUUUGUGUACGAGCUGGAGGAGGCGGGCGCCCCCGACAUCCCAACCACCCUGCGCCGCUCGAGGGAGGACUGCCCCAAGGCGCGCCGCCGCGGCCCGCCUCUAUGCGCCGUGCCGUUGCGCGGGGGGCCCGUUCCGCCACACUCACCGCACCGCCGCCCCGCCGCCCUCCGGGACCGUCCACAGGUGCGGGAGAUGGCUCUGGGCGGCCUGGAUGGCGGCGUGCUGGAGCGGAUUGCCAAGAUCAUGAGCUACAUGAGCGUGCAGGGCGGCGGCAAGAAGAAGCUCAAGCGUCGGGACCGGGAGGCCUUGUUCCAGCGGCACGGCAUCGCUCUGCAGGGGGCGGUGAGGCACCCACCUGCCCCCCCUGGCGGCGCCGCCGCCCAGCCGGGCGCGGGCGCAGGUGCGGCCGCAGAGGCAGGCGCAGAGGCGGGGCUGGGGCCGGAGGAGGGCCCGCAGCGGCCGCCAGCGGCGGCGGCGGCAGCGGGCGAGGAUGACGACGACAUCUUUGGAGACGCUGGCACGGACUACCAGCCCACAGUCAAGGACAAGGCCCGAGCGGCGGCGGCGGCGGCGGCGGCGGAGCAGCAGCAGCAACAGCAGGGGCAGGCGCGGCGUGGCGGCUACUUUGGCGCCGGCGCCGAGGCGGAGCUUCAUGCAGACCUGCCGCCGCUGCCUGCAGAGG